AACCCCAAGACUGGUGUGGUCGCUGUUCCCCAGUGGAUGGGGAAUGUGGGGUUGGGGGAGGUAGACGAACCGCCUGGUUCUCGGCCAGUACAGGCCGGGCAGGGCUGAGACGAAGGCCUUCCACGCAGCUCGGCGCCCGCCCGUGACACCGCCUCUCUCCCGGCCCUCUGGGGAACGCAGGGGGCCUCUCGGUAGGAGGAGGGCAUGCUGGAGGUGAGCCCACGAGGGCACCAGGUGCCUCAGGCAGCCCUAGCUGGGGGCCAGCUAUUAGGAGGAGGACCACCCCACGCUGACGGUCAUUUACCCAAUUGUGCUUUGUGGGAUAUUCAACCCAAGGAAUGUGGCGUCCCUGGCUGAGCGUAAGAGGAAGCCCAAGUUCUCCAAGGAGGAGCUGGACAUUCUGGUCACAGAGGUGACCCACCACGAGCCAGUUCUCUUUGGGAGGGAGACCAUGCGGCUGUCCCAUGCCGACAGGGACAAGAUUUGGGAAGGCAUAGCUCGGAAGGUCACCUCCGUCAGCCAGGUCCCCCGCUCCGUCAAGGACAUUAAGCACAGAUGGGACGACAUGAAGCGGAGGACCAAGGACAAGCUGGCCUUCAUGCAGCAGUCCCUGUCGGGCCCCGGGGCCGGAGGCCAGGCCCCCACCAUCGUCCUCACUGCCCACGAGAGGGCCAUCGAGUCUGCGCUGCUCACGGCCCGUUCCGGCCACAGCUUCCCCAGGGCAGAACUGGAUGGCACCGACAGCCCCUCCACCAGCUAUGAUGAAGAUGAGGAGGCCCCCGGGCCCUCGAGGCAGCCUCUGCGGAUGUCCCUGCAGCGGUCCCCGGAAGAAGAGGCCCACCUGGCCAGGCCCACGCUGCUCCGCUCAUCCUCUUCCUCGGACCAGUCGGAGACCGUGGGCCCCAAGCCAGAGACCCUGCCCAGGCCCUCGGCCCAGGCCCAGGCUGCCUGCAGGAACCCCCGGCUGCACCCCAGCCCUCCCACUAUGGGCCUGGACUGGCAGCUCCUUCACAUCCACGCCCAGCAGACUGAGGUGUUCCAGCAGUUCUGCCAGGAGCUGGUGACGGUGCACCGGGACAUGGCAAACAGCAUUCACGCCAUCGGCCAGGCCAUGGCCGAGCUGAGCAGCCGUGUCGGCCAGAUGUGCCAGACCCUGACAGAGAUCCGGGAUGGGGUUCAGACAUCUCGGCGGGGGCCAGACGGGGCCGCCCCCAUGGGCUCUACCCCCCAGGCUGAGGCCCCACCGGUGGAGCCCCCACCUGCCCCCCCAGAACCAGCCCCUGCACGGACUACCAGGUCUCGGAAGAGAAAGCACAAUUUCUAACCCGGCCAGUCUGCACUAGGAGGAAGAGAGAUGGAGAAGCUUUUCUGGUCUUGACAUGAGGCCAGUCUAUGUCCAGGACCCUUGUAGGAUUUUGGGGGGAGCUGUCACCUCCCCCAGCGAGCACAGGUCGGCCGCCCUGUGCCCCAAGAGCAUGUGCUCAGCCCUGCUCCCUCAUCU